AUGGCUGUCAACCGCUAUGCCUACAACGGUCCAAUUGACCACACAAUCGCCCCUCAACUCGAAAACAUUCGAGGAAAGUCGGUGAUUAUCACAGGCGGUGCCAAUGGCAUGGGCGAAGCCUUUGUACGAGACUUUGUCGCCGCUGGUGCCUGGGUAACAUUCGCCGAUGUCAAUGAAGAGCGCGGCAAAAUAGUUGAAGCAGAGCUCAACGCCGACGGCCAAAAAUGCGUCUUCAUCAAGUGCGACAUCCGAGAUUGGGAUCAACAAAAGGCUAUGUUCGAAAAGGCGAAGAGCUCAAGUCCAAGUAAUUCGGUCGAUGUUGUCAUCGCAAAUGCAGGCAUUUCCCGAAGCUCGGGAGAUAGCUUGUGGAAUCUCGAUGGUGUGUACUCACUGAACCCUCUGAAAGUUUGGUGGAAGAGCCCUGGACUAACACCACCUACAGAUCCCAAUGGAGAACCCACAAAGCCUGAUUUGAACAUCGUCAGAGUCAACAUAGAUGGAACAUUCUACACAUGGAAGCUUGCGGUUCAUUAUUUCCGCAAGCAGCCAGUGAGUGAAGAGCGAGACCGCUGUUUCAUUAUCACUGGUAGCAUGGUGGCUUGGAUUGACAGCCCAGGCAACUGGGAGUAUACUGGAACGAAAUAUGCGCUGCGCGGCUUCAUGAGGACAGUCCGAAGAUCAAGCCACGAGCAAGCUAUCCGCAUCAACUACGUCGCACCCUGUUGGAUUAAGAGCGCCAUUCGAACUGCAGAGUACGAGAAGUGGCUGGUUGACCGCGGCGUGGAGUUUGGUGAACAGAAAGAUGUCUCCAGCUGCAUGUUGAGAAUUGCUACUGAUAGGAGCAUCAAUGGUCGCUCACUGAUGAUCACGCCCCGCUCCAUCGCAAAGGAAGGCUUCGUAGACAUUGACAGAGAGGAUUACAAGGACACACCCGAAGAUGAGUAUCUGAAGAAGGUUCAAGCGUCGCAGCUGGUCAUUAUCGAGGAUAAAUGGUUGGACUCAUACAAGGUCCGAGUAUAUAAAGAAUAG